UCCUCCACCUCUCGCCCUCCCUCCCCCCAGACCCCGAAAAGCACCAGAACCAAAACGACAAAAAGGCAAAGCUCUCAGAGAAUAUCUGCAACUGCACAGCACAGCACAAGGACACUCCCUCUCGCUUCACCCUUCAAUCAUCUCCCAUCUCCCAUCUCCCAUCUCCCGUCUCCGUCUCCGUGUCUCCGAAGCUCGGACCUCGCGCGUCGGAAUCCAGCCAUGGAGAUCCCAGAGCGGCUGCUCCGGUACAGGUUCCACCUCCUCGCCGCCCUCCUCCUCGCCCUCGCCGCCUCCGCCCUCGUCUACGCCGCCCCCAGGUUCGUCACCGUCCUCGCCUACUUCUGGCCCCUCCUCCUCUCCACCGCCCUCUUCCUCGUCGCCGUCGUCGUCUUCGCCAAGACCUCCCCGCCCGCCGCCGCCGACGCCGACGCCUCCGGCGAGGAGCUCCUCGGCUACGUCGCCGGCCAUCCGGAGCCCGACGCCGCCGCCGACGCCGACGCCCCCCUGGAGAGCCCCCACGACGAGUAAAGCUUCGAGAUAGAGAAACCCCCCAUCCCCACCAACCAUCUUUCUUUUUUUCUAU